GGUUGUGGGGUAUUGGACUGAUCCAUUCGGAGCUACAGCUGGACCCGGCUCUAACACCGAAAGUCAGGGGUCUAUUGGAGCAUCAGUAAGGCUUCGGCUUCUGCAGCCGUUUGAAUGACUCUUAAAGCCCUAGAAGAAAUGCUUGGUGGACCUCGUGGCUCGGGUCUUUCUAAAGUAAAUGAGGAUUGGAGAAAGGAAAUUUAUGGGCCUGCUGAAUGUGUAGAUUCUGUUUGCCCUUCAGCUACUGCAGCUCAGUAUGCAGUAUUUUUCCUUGGGCUUUAUCUGAUUGCACUAGGGACUGGUGGGAUCAAACCAUGUGUCUCAUCAUUUGGGGCAGAUCAGUUUGAUGAUACAGAUCCCAAAGAAAGGGUGAAGAAGGGUUCUUUCUUCAACUGGUUUUAUUUUUCUAUCAACAUUGGUUCUCUGAUAUCAAGCAGUGUUCUGGUAUGGAUUCAAGAUAAUGUUGGUUGGGGCCUAGGCUUUGGCAUUCCAGCAUUAUUUAUGGGAAUUGCCAUUGCAAGUUUUUUCUCAGGCACAAAGCUUUAUAGAUUUCAGAGACCUGGUGGAAGCCCUAUUACAAGAAUGUGCCAGGUAUUAGUUGCAUCAUUCCAUAAGCGGAAUCUGGAGGUACCCACCAACAGUACUCUCUUAUAUGAAACACACGACAAACAUUCUGCCAUUGAAGGAAGUCGGAAACUGGAACACACUGAGGAGUUUAAGUGUCUUGAUAAAGCUGCCAUACUCUCAGAUGCAGAACUUACAAGUGGGGAAUUCUCAAACCCAUGGAGGGUUUGCACUGUGACACAAGUGGAGGAAUUUAAAAUCUUGAUCCGCAUGCUUCCUAUUUGGGCUACUGGAAUUAUCUUUUCUGCUGUAUAUGCCCAGAUGUCAACAUUGUUCGUGGAACAAGGGAUGAUGAUGGACACAUCAAUUGAGAUUAAGCGAUUGCAGCUUGCUAGAGAGCUUGGCUUAGUUGAUAAAGAUGUUGCUGUGCCAAUGAGCAUCUUUUGGCAAAUACCCCAAUAUUUCUUGUUGGGGGCUGCAGAGGUCUUUACAUAUAUUGGACAGCUUGAGUUCUUCUAUGAUCAAUCUCCAGAUGCCAUGCGGAGUCUAUGCAGUGCGUUGUCACUUCUAACUUAUUGUUUAGGGAAUUACCUGAGCUCUUUGAUUCUGACGCUGGUUACUUAUUUUACGACAUUGGGAGGAAAGACAGGUUGGAUCCCGGAUAACCUGAAUGAGGGUCAUCUUGACUAUUUCUUCUGGCUUUUAGCUGGUCUCAGCUUCCUGAACUUGCUGGUCUAUGUUUUCUGUGCUAAGAAGUACAAGCAGAAGAAGGCUUCUUAAUUUUUUUUUUAAUACAGUUGCAAGGCAGUCAAUCGUUGAAAUGAAAUUCCCUGCAAUGUACAUAAUUACCACAUAUUUGAUGAAACUAUAUAAUAUGUAUCAUAUUCGAUGAGUUGCAUAUUUGAUGAUAAUAAGAUGGGCUAUUAUAU